CGUGGCCCCCGUUUGCCGUGGCGGGGCAAGGUCAAGUUGCGCGGUGGGGCCCGUGCCACCUGCUUUUCCUCGUCGCCAUGUCAUCAAGACACGAACUUCUCUCUCCCUUGCAACUUCCGACGGCGGCCCAACUCCCAGCUGAGAAGCCACUCAGGUCACAAAGCAUUAAUGACCACUGCCACUGUGCGCGAUAAAACUCCGGCCGCCCCCCGUCCCCCGAUCCCUUUCGCCUCGCCCCUGCCGCGCCGCCUGAUCCGGGCUGGGCUGGGCUGCCCAAUGGCGUCGUCGGCGCGGCGCCUCCUGCAGACCAACUCCGGCCAGCUCCCCACCGCCGAGCCCCCGAGCCCGCUCGCCGUCGACUCCGACGUCGUCGUCAUCCUCGCCGCGCUGCUCUGCGCGCUCAUCUGCGUCGUGGGCCUCGCCGCCGUCACCCGGUGCGCGCGCUCCCGCGCGUCCCCCGGCGCGCAGGCCGCGGCCAAGGGGCUCGGGAAGAAGGCGCUCAGGGCGCUGCCGAAGCUCGCCUACGAGGACGCCGUGGCGGCGGCGGCCGCGGCGCGCGGGGGCUCCUCCGCGGCCGCGGCAGGGGAGGAGAGGAUCCUGGCGGAGUGCGCCAUCUGCCUGUCGGAGUUCGCGCCCAAGGAGGAGAUCCGCGUGCUGCCGCAGUGCGGCCACGGCUUCCACGUCGCGUGCGUCGACACAUGGCUCGGCGCGCGCUCCUCUUGCCCCUCCUGCCGCCGCGUUCUCGUCGUCGACGAGACACCCAAGCGGCCGCCCGAGCCCAAGCGCUGCCGCAAGUGCGAGGCGGCCAUGAAGGAGGCCUCCUCAUCGUCCAGUUCCGGCGGCGAUAGGGCUGCCGGUUCCUAACCGGGUUGGCAAUCUUUAGCUGGGAACUUUUAGCUCAACUGGAAUUCUGAGCUCAAGGAACGUCAUGGUGUAAAAUUUAGGUUGGCUGAUUAUGUACAUAUUUUUGUUUAAAAACAUGUAAACACAUCUGGGGAUGUGAAAGUAAGCAACAUUUUAGUAGAUGCUACUGGAUUA